UGAAUCGCAGGGUACAUGGACAUACGCUCUGCAUGGGCUUUUCACCACCGCUGCAUAUUAGGUGUGGGGUCUUUUCAACACGGCCUGGCACAGCAUAGAAUGGGAAAAGGACCAAGACAUAGUCGGUGAGGGUAUAAGAUGGCAGAGGUGCGCUGUCUCCCUCUCGGCGCCGGCCACCAUCAAGUCGCGAAAGACAGCGGACCGUCAUUCUUGUCAAGACGCCAUCGUCUUCCGCGGUCAAACAAUGAGGUUUCAGACACUCGCAGCGGCACUAUCCGCCGCUUCCGGGGCCAUAGCAGUCCCUGCUGACAAUAUUCUAGAAAAGCGAGCCCUGACUUGGGAGGCGGCCUACGCAAAAGCCAACAGCGCACUUGCUAGAUUGUCUUCAAAUGACAAGAUCAACAUCGUGACCGGAGUCGGCUGGGGCAAGGGUGCUUGCGUUGGGAACACGCCCGCUAUCAACUCCAUAGGGUACCCGUCUCUCUGCCUCCAGGAUGGCCCCCUCGGUGUGCGCUACGCGAAAAGCGUAAAUGCCUUCACUCCAGGUAUCCAAGCCGCGUCAACAUGGGACCGAGCCUUGAUCCGCGAACGAGGGAAAUUCAUGGGCGAGGAAACCAAAGGGUUGGGCAUCCACGUUCUCCUAGGCCCCGUCGCAGGGCCAUUGGGCAAACAUGCCAACGGUGGCAGAAACUGGGAGGGCUUUGGAGCCGAUCCUUACCUGCAGGGCAUUGCGAUGGCAGAGACGAUCGAGGGAAUGCAGGGCGCCGGUAUCCAGGCGAACGCCAAGCACUUUAUCCUCAACGAGCAGGAGCUGAAUCGCGAAACUAUGAGUUCGACAGUUGACGACCGCACAAUGCAUGAGUUGUAUCUAUGGCCAUUUGCCGACGCUGUCCACGCGAACGUAGCAUCGGUCAUGUGCUCAUAUAACAAGAUCAACGGAACCUGGGCAUGCGAGAAUGACGGGAUUUUGAACAAGCUUCUAAAACAGGAGCUUGGCUUCAAGGGCUAUGUUAUGACUGAUUGGAAUGCACAGCACUCUACAGAGCAGGCUGCCACAAGCGGUCUAGAUAUGACGAUGCCAGGUUCCGACUUCAACGGCGGGACGGUUCUCUGGGGAUCGAAGCUUAGCCAGGCUAUCAGCAGCGGAAGAGUGCAACAAUCCCGAGUAGACGACAUGGCUCGCAGAAUCCUUGCUGCGUGGUAUCUUGUUGGUCAGGAUUCAGGUUACCCUGGCGUCAACCUCAAUGCCAACGUGCAAGGAUCGCACAAGUCAAACGUUCGCGCAGUUGCACGGGACGGCAUCGUUCUCCUCAAGAAUGACGGCAACAUACUACCCCUGAAGAAGCCUUCAAAGCUCGGUCUAGUUGGUUCAGCCGCCGCCGUCGGCCAACACGGGCAGAACGCAUGCAGCGAUCAAGGCUGCAACACAGGAGCACUAGGAAUGGGCUGGGGCUCCGGCACCGCAUCGUACCCGUACUUCAGCGCGCCCGCAGACGCAAUCAGAUCGCGCGCACAGAGUGAUGGAACACAAGUCAGCGUCUCAUCAACAGACAACACGAACGGCGUAAGCAGUGCCGUGAACGGCGCCGACGCAGCCAUCGUCUUCAUCACCUCGGACGCAGGCGAGGGCUACAUCACGGUGGAAGGCAACGCCGGCGACCGGAACAACCUGGACCCGUGGCACAGCGGUAACGACCUGGUCAAGGCCGUAGCGGCGAUCAAUAAGAACGUCAUCGUCGUAGUGCACUCCGUGGGGCCGAUCAUUCUCGAGACGAUCCUCGCGCAGCCCAACGUCAAGGCCAUCGUGUGGGCGGGUCUGCCGUCGCAGGAGAACGGCAACGCGCUAGUUGAUAUUCUCUACGGUGAUACGGCGCCGUCAGGCAAGCUGCCGUACACCAUCGCCAAGUCGGCGUCCGACUACGGCACCUCCAUCUCGCGCGGAAACGACAACUUCGGCGAGGGUCUGUUCAUCGACUACCGCCACUUCGACAAGGCUAACAUCGCGCCUCGAUACGAGUUUGGUUUCGGGCUGUCCUACACCAACUUCACCUACUCCGGCAUCUCGGUCGAAGGAACGCCCAAAUCCGGCGCCGCCACCGGCAGCAUCAUACCCGGAGGCCGGGCCGAUCUCUGGGACACAGUGGCAACAGUGAGCGUGACGGUCGCCAACAGCGGGAGCGUCAAGGGGGCCGAAGUAGCGCAGCUCUACGUGGGCUAUCCCGCGUCGGCCAACGCGCCGCCCAAGCAGCUCCGCGGCUUCGAGAAGACGGCCAUCGCCGCGGGCGCCAAGAGCACCGUGUCGUUCGAGCUGCGUCGGCGCGACGUCAGCGUGUGGGACGCGACGAGGCAGAACUGGGUCAUCCCCGCGGGCGAGUUCACGUUCUACGUCGGCUCGAGCAGUCGCGAUGUGCGGCAGACGGCCAAGCUCACAGUAUCGUGAGAGAGCGAGGAUAUGUGAUCAGCAUAUAGAUACCUAGUUUGAUAGUUUGUAAGGCCUUCGUGCUGAGGAGAUUCAAGGUGGAAGA